AUGGAAGAUAUACUUACAUUACCAGAGGAUCUUUUGUCAGCUUUGCAUUUUGUCUUUAAGGCUCCCCUUCUGCAGGCCUUAGACCUCGUAGACAACAAGAGUGUUACUAAAAUAACAUGUCCUGCUGGUCGCAUAGCUUUCCAGGUUCUUGGCAGUUCAGGCAUUCCAUACAUUUGCCUCCCAUCGUCCAACUUCUGUAGCUGUCAGUACUACUCAUUCACAGUUCUGAAGAGGAAUGAUGUUGAUCUGUGUAAGCAUGUUUUGGCGGUCCUGCUUAGUUGCGCCAUGGAAGUUUGCCAGGAACAACAAGUCUCAAAUGAUCGCAUGACCCAAACUCUGACACCUGGUCAUUCAGAACCGGAAGAUGAACAACCUCAUCACAGCCGGCAAACAUGAUGGGUUCAGUGCAGAUAAUCGCAAUCAUGCCAAUGUGACCCCUAGGUCAUUCAGAACUGGCACCAUACACGAUCUUGAGAUGAGAGUGAUUUCAGGGUCAUGCGGAACUAAGAAUGAACGACCUCAUCACAGCCACCAAACAUGAUGGGCUCAAUACAGAUAAUCAUGAUGAUGCGAAAUUGACCCCUAGGUCAAUCAGAACUGGCACCAUACACGAUCUUGAGAUAAGAGUGACCUCAGGGUCAUUCAGAACUAAGAAUGAAUGACCUCAUCACAGCCACCAAACAUGAUGGGCUCAAUACAGAUAAUCAUGAUGAUGCGAAAUUGACCCCUAGGUCAAUCAGAACUGGAACCAUUCAUGAUCAUGCAUGAGAUGAGAGUGACCUCGGGGUCAUUCAGAACUAAGAAUGAACGACCUCAUCACGGCCAUCGAACAUGAUGGGCUCAUUGCAGAUAAUCAUGAUGAUGCGAAAUUGACCCCUAGGUCAAUCAGAACUGGAACCAUUCAUGAUCAUGCAUGAGAUGAGAGUGACCUCGGGGUCAUUCAGAACUAAGAAUGAACGACCUCAUCACGGCCAUCGAACAUGAUGGGCUCAUUGCAGAUAAUCAUGAUGAUGCGAAAUUGACCCCUAGGUCAAUCAGAACUGGAACCAUUCAUGAUCAUGCAUGAGAUGAGAGUGACCUCAGGGUCAUUUAGAACUAAGAAUGAACGAACACAUCACAGCCAUCGAACAUGAUGGGCUCAUUGCA